AUGUCAUCUCCUUGUUCAACUCCAAAGAAACGCCUAAAAUCGAAACAUACAAAACCCAAUUCUCCUUCAAUUCCAUUACUGAAGGAGCCAUCACCAGGAUUUUUUCCUACAAAACAAGAAAUCAUAAAUUUACUUGGAGUCAUCACUAUUGCAAUCGCUGUUGCUGUUACCUUUAAUUACAUUGCCACCAAUCUCAAUUGCCAACCAAAACCCUAUUGUGAUAGUAUUGAUAGAGUAGUGUCAGAUGAUUAUUCUUUAUUAUCAGAUGAUUUGUAUUGCGAGCCGUGUCCUGAGAAUGGAGAAUGUGUUGAUGGGAAUCUGGAAUGUGUAAGUGGGUAUAAGAAGCAGGGAAGGUUGUGUGUUGAAGAUGGGGAAAUUAGCCAAAUAGCUAAGGAGCUUUCUAAAUGGAUUGAGGUUCGUGUUUGUGAAGCGGCUGUUGGGUGUUUGUGUGAUGGGAUUGGGGAAGUUUGGGUUCAAGAGGCUCAAGUAUUCAAGGAAAUUGCGGAUAAACAAGAUUUGAAAAGGAAGUUGGGGUUAAAGAAUGAUGACUCUUAUGUGCUUACAAAACAAAAGGCAAUGGAGUCGGUUGAUAGAUUGUUAGAAACAAGGAAAAAUUUGCAGGGUAGGGUUAAGGAAUUGAAGUGUCCUGAUGCACUAGUGGAGCAUUAUAAGCCACUGUUCUGCUAUGUGCGUCAUUGGGUCAUAAAGAAUGCAUUCUACUUAGUCCCAGUUUGUGCUUUGAUUGGAGGAUUGAUGACUAGUUUUGUUUGGUUACUUGGCAAAGUUCGUCGGAGGCGGUAUCUGUCAAACAGAGUUGAAGAGCUUUACGAGCAGAUUUGUGACAUUCUUCAAGAGAAAGCGGUGAUGGCAAAGAGUGCUUUUACUGGUGAAGGUGAACCCUGGGUCGUUGCGUCUUGGUUACGAGAUGACCUCCUCUUGCCAAGGGAAAGGAAAGAUGCGCUGUUAUGGAAAAAGGUUGAGGAGUUGGUCCAAGAAGAUUCUCGUUUAGAUCAGUACCCAAAGCUGGUGAGGGGUGAGUCGAAGGUUGUUUGGGAAUGGCAAGUUGAAGGUUCGUUAAGCUCUUCAAGGUCAAGAACAAAGGGUAAAGGAAGCAAACAGACACCCAAUGGAAGACUGCCAAACUCACCUGCAAGCAUACAGACUCCCAGUGGAAGACUGCCCAACUCACAUGUUCAUAUAGCUGCUAGCAAUUGA